AUGUUUGUUUUUUGUUUUCAGAAUUUAGCCCAAAAGCCUGUUAUCCUUCGAAAAAGACGUCAGAGAAUUAAAAUAGAAUCUAACUGGGAACUUUUCUACUACAGAUUUCAUCAGGAUCAUGCGAGGUCAAAUUUGAUCUGGAAUUAUAAAACCAGGGAAGAGUUAAGAGACACACUUGAGGCUGAAAUGCGAGCAUUUAAUGUGGACAGGGAGCUUGGAAGCUCAACAGUGAUCUCUUGGAACCACCAUGAGUUUGAGGUAAAAUAUGAGUGCCUCGCUGACGAGAUAAAAAUAGGAGAUUACUAUCUACGAUUACUUUUGGAAGAAGAUGAGAAUGAAGAAAGCAGUGUUAUAAAGCAAUCGUAUGAAUUUUUUAAUGAACUUUAUCACCGAUUCCUCCUCACUCCUAAAGUGAACAUGAAGUGUUUAUGUUUACAAGCCCUGGCCAUUGUUUAUGGCAGAUGCCAUGAAGAAAUAGGGCCUUUUCCAGACACAAAGUACAUCGUUGGAAUGCUUGAGAGGUGCACAGACAGACUAGAAAGGGACAGGCUCAUCCUAUUUUUAAACAAGCUGAUUCUUAAUAAGAAAAAUGUGAAAGAUGUGAUGGACUCCAAUGGAGUCAGGAUCCUGGUUGAUCUCCUCACCUUAGCACAUCUUCACACCAGCAGAGCUACAGUUCCACUUCAGAGCAAUGUUAUUGAAGCAGCUCCUGAUAUGAAGAGAGAAAGUGAAAAGGAAUGGUAUUUUGGUAAUGCAGACAAGGAGAGAAGUGGCCCUUACAGUUUUGUCGAGAUGCAAGAAUUCUGGAGCAAAGGAGUACUAACUCCGAAAACGCGCUGCUGGGCCCAGGGAAUGGAUGGUUGGAGACCUCUGCAAGUCAUACCUCAGCUGAAAUGGUGCUUGCUGGCAAGUGGUCAAGCUGUCCUAAAUGAAACUGAUUUGGCCACUUUGAUUUUAAAUAUGCUUAUCACUAUGUGUUCAUACUUUCCCAGCCGUGAUGAAGACAAUGCCAUUAUUAGACCUUUACCGAAAGUGAAAAGACUGCUGACUGACAAUACCUGCCUUCCACACAUCACACAGCUUUUGCUGACAUUUGACCCAAUCCUGGUAGAGAAAGUUUCCAUUUUGCUCUAUCACAUCAUGCAAGACAAUCCCCAGCUGCCUCGUUUCUAUCUCACUGGAGUGUUCUUCUUUAUAAUGAUGUAUACCGGCUCCAAUGUGCUUCCUAUAGCCAGGUUCCUGAAGUACACUCAUACCAAGCAAGCUUUCAGAUCAGAAGAGAGCAAAGGGCCUGAUAUAUUUCAGCGGAGUAUACUUGGCCAUAUUCUUCCUGAAGCUAUGGUGUGCUAUCUGGAAAAUUACGAGUCUGAGAAAUUUUCAGAAAUAUUUCUUGGAGAAUUUGAUACUCCAGAGGCUAUAUGGAGCAGUGAGAUGAGACGUCUCAUGAUUGAGAAAAUUGCUGCCCAUUUAGCUGACUUCAGCCCUCGCCUUCAGAGUAACACAAGAGCACUUUAUCAGUAUUGCCCUAUUCCAGUGAUCAACUACCCUCAACUGGAGAAUGAAUUGUUCUGCAACAUAUACUACCUGAAACAUUUCUGUGACACUCUCAGGUUUCCUAAUUGGCCCAUCAAAGAUCCUGUAAAACUGCUAAAAGACACCUUAGACUCAUGGAAAAAAGAAGUAGAGAAAAAACCUCCAACCAUGUCAAUCGAGGAUGCUUAUGAGGUUCUCGGUCUUCCAAAAGGGCAAGGACAGCAAGAUGAGAGUAAAAUCAGGAAAGCAUACUUUAGACUCGCGCAGAAAUAUCAUCCAGACAAGAAUCCUGAAGGAAGGGACAUGUUUGAAAAAGUUAAUAAAGCUUAUGAGUUCCUGUGUACAAAGUCAACCAAAAUCGUAGAUGGACCAGACCCAGAAAAUAUAAUUUUAAUUCUUAAAACUCAGAGCAUACUUUUCAACAGGCAUAAGGAAGACCUUCAGCCUUACAAAUAUGCUGGCUAUCCCAUGCUCAUUAAAACGAUCACCAUGGAGACUUCUGAUGACCUACUCUUCUCUAAGCUAUCUCUGUUGCCUGCUGCCACUGAGCUUGCAUUUCACACAGUCAACUGCUCAGCCCUUAAUGCAGAAGAACUCAGGAGGGAAAAUGGCAUAGAGGUACUACAAGAGGCUUUUUCACGCUGUGUUUCAGUGUUAACUGGAUCAAGUAAAGCAGAUGACAUGCCUGUGCAGGUGUGUGGACAUAUAUGCAAGUGCUACAGUGUUGCUGCUCAGUUUGAAGAAUGCAGAGAGAAGAUUAUAGAGAUGCCAAAUAUCAUUAAAGACCUCUGCAGAGUUUUGUACUAUGGCAAGAGGGUCCAAAGAUUAGCUGCACAGGCAGUGGAAUGCGUUAGUUCCUUUGCUGUGGAUUAUUUUCUUCAGACACACUUGUUCCAUGCAGGGAUUUUGUGGCAUUUACUUAUUUAUCCUUUCAACUAUGACUUUACCUUGGAGGAGAGUGGAAUUCAGAAGAAUGAGGACACUAAUCAACAGGAAGUUGCCAAUGGUCUUGCCAAGCUCAGUCUUCAUGCAGUUAGCCGAUUAGGUGGUUAUUUACCUGGAGAGUUGACAACACCAGAAAACCCUACAAUACAGAAAAGCUUGGCUGGGAUGCUCACCCCUUAUAUAGCUCGGAAGCUAUCUGUGUCUUCUCCUGCAGAGAUCCUAAAAAUGCUGAACAGCAACACAGAAAGCCCCUACCUGAUAUGGAACAAUGGCACAAGAGCAGAGCUGCUGGAGUUUCUUGAAGCUGAACAAGAAAGCAUGACAAGAAGGGGGGAAUGUGAUAAAAGCUAUGGAGCCGACUUUGUUUUCAGUGAUCAUGCCAAGGAGCUCAUUGUUGGAGAGAUUUUUGUACGGGUAUAUAAUGAACAACCGACAUUCCAACUGGAGGUCCCAAAAGCUUUUGCAGCAAGUCUGCUGGAUUACAUUGGAUCUCAAGCACAGUACCUUCAUACGCUAAUGGCUAUAACCCAGACUGGCAAGGUGGAGUCUGAUCAGCACGUAGACAGACUGCAGAGGGUUGAAAUGGCUUUGGAAGCACUAAGGAAUGUCAUCAAACACAACCCUGGAUCAGAAACUGAAUGUAUUGGCCAUUUCAAGUUGAUAUUUUCUUUACUGAGAGUCCAUGGAGCUGGGAAGGUUCAGCAGCUUGCACUGGAGGUGGUCAACAUAGUCACCAGUAAUCAAGAAUGUGUAAAUAACAUUGCAGAAGCUUUGGUACUAUCCAGUUUGUUAUCACUGUUGCAUUCAUUACCAACAAGUCGACAGCUUGUUCUUGCAACUCUGUAUGCCUUAACAUCUAGUACAAAAAUCAUAAAAGAGGCUAUGGCCAAAGGAGCCUUAAUCUACUUGUUGGACAUGUUUUGCAAUUCAACUCACCCACAAGUACGAACGCAGACAGCAGAGUUGUUUGCCAAAAUGACAACUGAUAAACUUGUUGGUCCUAAGGUCAGAAUCGCUUUGAUUAAGUUUUUACCUGGAGUAUUUAUGGAUGCUAUGAGGGAUAACCCUGAAGCUGCUGUACAUAUAUUUGAAGGAACCCAUGAAAACCCAGAACUAAUUUGGAAUGAUAAUUCUAGAGAAAAAGUAUCAACCACAGUUCGAGAAAUGAUGCUGGAGCACUUUAAGCAUCAAAUAGAGAAUCCUGAUGCAAACUGGAAGUUACCAGAUGAUUUUUGUAUUGCAUUCGGAGAAGCCAAUGGAGAACUGUCUGUGGGUGGCGUUUUCUUACGAAUAUUCAUUGCACAGCCUGCUUGGGUGCUGCGGAAGCCAAGAGACUUUCUGGUGGCCCUUCUGGAAAAGUUUACAGAAUUACUGGAAAAAAAUAAUGCUCAUGGAGAAACGUUAGAAACCGUGACCACUGCGACAGUUUGUCUGUUUAGUGCACAACCUCAGUUAUUGGACCAAGUCCCACCUUUGGGUCACCUACCCAAGAUACUCCAUGCGAUGAGCCACAAGAAUAAUGCUAUUCCAAAGUGUGCAAUACGGGUCAUCCACACAGUGACAGAUAAUGAGCUUUGUGUUCGAUCAAUGGCUUCACUUGAGACAAUUGGACCUCUGAUGUGUGGAAUGAAAAAACGCUCAGACAUGAUAGGAUUGGCAUGUGAAGCACUUAACAGAAUGUUCCAAAAGGAGCAAACCGAGCUUGUAGCACAAGCUCUGAAAGUGGAACUGGUUCCAUAUUUGCUAAGGUUACUUGAAGGACAAGGCCUGGAAAAUCUAGAAAGUCCAGCAGCCACAAAAGCUCAGAUAGUUAAAGCUUUGAAGUCAAUGACUCGCAGCCUGCAGUAUGGAGAACAGGUAAAUGAAAUCCUGUCUCGAUCCUCUGUCUGGAGUGCCUUUAAAGAUCAGAAACAUGACUUGUUCAUUUCUGAAUCACAAACAGCAGGAUACCUCACUGGACCUGGCGUUGCUGGCUACCUUACUGCAGGGUCUUCAUCAAAUGUUAUGCCCAACAUGCCACCACCAGUGGACCAUGAAGCAGGAGAUCUCGGAUAG